AUGGAAACUAUCGCUUCGAAAGGUCCUAGUUCAAUCAAUCAAGUACGAGCAGAAAUAGAAACUUUGGCAAAUGCUUCUGUCUUUUAUUCUGGAUUUUUUAUACAACUCACUAACAGAAGUACACAUAAAAAAGUAGAGACCAUAUCUAUUAAAGAGAUUGUAAAAGACUCGUCAAAUUUAUAUUGCCCGGCAAAAAAAGAAAAUAGAGAAAACUCAACCCAAAAGAAUAUUGCUAAGUUACCAAUUUUAUCUCACGAGAAACAAAUUCUGGAGGCUAUUACACAAAAUUCAGUCACAAUUAUUGUUGCUGAAACGGGCAGUGGUAAAACCACACAACUACCACAAAUAAUAUACAAACAUCUGCUUUCAAAUCGUAAUUUAAGUAAUUCGAGGUACAACAAACCGUUAAUUGUGUGUACUCAACCAAGAAGAAUAGCUGCUAUAAAUGUAGCUACCACAGUUUCUAACAACUUAGGUUUCGAGUUAGGUCGAGAAGUCGGUUAUUCAGUAAGAUUCGACGAUAAAACUUCAUGGCCGACUCGAAUAAAAUUUGCAACUGACGCAUACUUAGUUAGAGAAGCUAUGACAGACCCUUAUUUUUCUGUUUACGACUAUAUCAUUAUCGAUGAAGCGCAUGAACGCUCUGUUUCAAGCGAUCUUCUAUUAUCGCUGUUGAAAAUAACAAUGGUAAAGAAACCCACAUUAAAAAUUAUUAUAACAAGUGCAACAUUAGAUAUCAAAGCUUUUAUAGAUUUUUUUCCUAAAGCUAAUAUUUUAAACAUUCCAGGACGAACAUUUCCUGUUGAUGUUACUCAUUAUCCAUUCACUCCUAAGGAUUUCAUUGCAGCAGCCGUACAAGAAUUAUUUAAUAUUCAUUUAAAUCAGACGUAUAACGUAGAUCAACCUUCUGACAUAUUAGUGUUUUUAACCGGUAUAGAUGACAUAUUUACGUUCAACUAUCUAGUAUACCAAAACUUUCGAUCGUUCGAAAACAGUUCAACAAAGAUUUCUCCUUUAAUAUUGGUGCCAGUGAUUAGUUUUCUUUCGAAGGAAGAUCAAUCACACAUUUUCAAACAAUUCAAGUUUCGCAAAUGCGUUGUUGCAACAAACAUUGCCGAAACUUCUAUUACAGUUGUCGGAAUCAAAUAUGUAGUCGACUGUGGAUAUGUUAAAACAAUGAAAUAUAAUUCUAAGUUAAGAGUUAAUUCCCUAUGUCUUGAACCGAGCGCAAAAAGUACCUCUAAACAACGAGCGGGCAGAGCUGGACGUAUGGGCCACGGAUAUUGUCAACGAUUAUUUACUCAAGAAGAUUUCCUACUUAUGCAAGACGCAGCGAAACCAAAAAUUUUAUGUACUAAUAUUGAAUCUAUCAUAUUGAUAUUGCUCAAUUUGAAUAUUAAAAAUAUUUUCGAACAUGCAAUGAUCAACCGACCUGACGAUGAUAAUUUGGCUCGUGCUUUGUACAAUCUUUAUUUUAUCGGUCUUUUGAGCUCCAAAGGAGAAUUAACUAUGUGUGGUCGAUUUGCGUCAAAGUUUCCAGUUUUACCAGAGCAUGCUCGGUUUAUUUUAGAAGGUGUUAAAUUAGGAGUCGCAGAGGAUGUCAUUGUGAUCGUUUCUACUUUGCAAGUAGGAGAUUUAUUUCACACUUAUAAUAUUGAAAAAGAAGUUCUUGCAGACAUUAGAUUAAAGUUUUCAGUUGACUCAAACGAUUUGUUGACGUUAUUAAAUAUAUACAACCAAUGGAAACGCGCUAAUUAUUCAAAAGCAUUUGCUGAAAAAUCUUGUCUAAACCACAAAUUACUUGUUCAAAUUCGACAUAUCAAUGAACAACUAACUAAAAUUUGCAAUAAAUUAAAGCUAGAUCUGAAUUUGAGCGAUCAACUAGCAAACGACACAGUAAAAAAACAUAACUUGAUCAAAAAAGCAGCUUGUUGCGCAUUUUUAAAUAAUGUGUCAAAGUCAAUCGGUAUUAACAAAUAUUGUAUUUUAUCAACAUCUAUAAAUGCAUGUAUAAAUCCAAACUCAGUUAUGCAUUUGUCUCAGUACAAUCCAGAGUAUUUAAUAUUUGUAAAUAUUAUUGUAACGCACAACGAAUACAUAAAUAACGUCAGCGAAAUAGAUCCAUCGUGGGUAAAAGAAUAUGAUCCGGUUUUAUAUAACGUUUCUGUGCUGUAA